ACGUGAUUGAAGGCAUGAUUAUUGACAAUAAAAGGGAAUCAAGCAAGACAUUUAAUUUGAACGAUGAUACCUUCUCAAAGAUGAAAAAGUUGAGAUUGCUCAAAGUCCUUUGCCCCACAAAUUGUGAUGAUCUCAAAUAUCUUUCCAAUGAGCUACGACUUUUAAAUUGGAUAAGAUAUCCUUUAAGAUCCUUGCCUUUAAGCUUCCAACCGGACCAUCUUGUUGCACUUCUCUCACCAUUCAGUUGCAUUGAACAAUUAUGGAAUGGAAAUAGACCCAUGUAUAAGUUGAAAGUGAUCAACCUUCAAGGGUCCCUAAACCUAAUCAAGACACCAGACUUCACAAUGGCCCCAGAUCUUGAAAUUCUGGUUUUGGAAGGUUGUACAAGAAUUGUAAAAGUUCAUCCAUCCUUGGGAGUUCUUAAGAGGCUUAAACUUUUAAAUUUAAGAGGGUGCAAAAGUCCUAGGAGUCUUCCAACCAAAAUUGGAAUGGAAUCUCUCAAACGUUAA